CCCAAGAGCAGCUGCUGGCCCAGCAUGUCUGUCCCCAGCCCCCUCCCGCCCAGCGUGUCACAGCGGCGGAGGCGGCUGUAUCUGGAGCAGUUGGGGAGGGCAGGCCAGGCCGGCAGGCGAGCGAGCGACGAGUGCAGCCGAGAUGAGGGAGUGCAUAUCCGUGCACGUGGGCCAGGCGGGGGUGCAGAUCGGCAACGCCUGCUGGGAGCUCUUCUGCCUGGAGCACGGCAUCCAGGCCGACGGCACCUUCGGGGCCCGGGCCGGCAAGAGCGGGGACGACGACUCAUUCACCACCUUCUUCAGCGAGACCAGCAACGGGAAGCAUGUGCCGCGGGCUGUCAUGGUCGACCUGGAGCCCACGGUAGUGGAUGAGGUUCGGGCGGGCACCUACCGCCAGCUCUUCCACCCGGAGCAGCUGAUCACGGGGAAGGAGGAUGCUGCCAACAACUACGCGCGCGGCCACUACACGGUGGGCAAGGAGAGCAUCGACCUGCUCCUGGACCGCAUCAGGAAGCUGACAGACGCCUGCUCCGGCUUGCAGGGCUUCCUGAUCUUCCACAGUUUCGGCGGCGGCACUGGCUCCGGCUUCACGUCUCUGCUGAUGGAGCGCCUGUCCCUGGAUUAUGGCAAGAAGUCCAAGCUGGAGUUUGCCAUCUACCCGGCCCCGCAGGUCUCCACGGCAGUGGUGGAGCCCUACAACUCCAUCCUCACCACCCACACCACCCUGGAGCACUCCGACUGCGCCUUCAUGGUCGACAACGAGGCCAUCUACGACAUCUGCCGCCGCAACCUGGACAUCGAGCGCCCCACCUACACCAACCUCAACCGACUCAUCAGCCAGAUCGUCUCCUCCAUCACGGCCUCUCUGCGCUUCGACGGGGCCCUCAACGUGGACCUGACCGAGUUCCAGACCAACCUGGUGCCCUACCCCCGCAUCCACUUCCCGCUGGUCACCUACGCGCCCAUCGUCUCCGCCGAGAAGGCCUACCACGAGCAGCUGUCCGUGGCGGAGAUCACCAGCUCCUGCUUCGAGCCCAACAGCCAGAUGGUGAAGUGCGACCCCCGGCACGGCAAGUACAUGGCCUGCUGCAUGCUCUACCGCGGGGACGUGGUGCCCAAGGACGUGAAUGUUGCCAUUGCCGCCAUCAAGACCAAGAGGACCAUCCAGUUUGUGGACUGGUGUCCCACAGGCUUCAAGGUGGGCAUCAACUACCAGCCUCCGACUGUGGUGCCCGGAGGGGACCUGGCCAGAGUGCAGCGGGCCGUGUGCAUGCUGAGCAACACCACGGCGAUCGCAGAGGCCUGGGCCCGCCUGGACCACAAGUUCGACCUCAUGUACGCCAAGCGGGCCUUUGUCCACUGGUACGUGGGAGAGGGCAUGGAAGAAGGAGAGUUCUCCGAGGCCCGGGAGGAUCUGGCGGCCCUGGAGAAGGAUUAUGAAGAAGUGGGGACAGAUUCGUUUGAAGAAGAAAAUGAAGGGGAGGAAUUUUAAAUACACAGGUUCCUCUUGG